AUGUCCGAAACCAAAAAAAAUAGUUAUGAUGCUGCAUUUGCUGACCAUAGCCUCAAAUAUAAGAAUGACCUGGAGAAGGUGCAAAGAUGGAGGACAGCUCUUACAGAAGCAGCAAAUUUGAAAGGAGCUACUCUCAAUGAGGGAGAGUAUGAAACUACAUUUAUUAACAACAUCGUUGUGGAGAUUUCAACCCAAUUAUUAUUAAAUUGCACAUAUUUGCAUGUGGCUGAGUACCCAGUUGGAAUAGAGUCUUGUGCAAAAGAGGUGGAAGUGCUUUUAGAUGUCGGUGGAAAUGAUCGUCGUGUAGUUGGGAUUUGGGGGACAUCUGGAAUAGGCAAGACAGCAAUUGCAAAAGGUGUUUAUAAUGCAAUUGCUCAUAAGUUUGAAGGCAGUUGUUUUCUGGUAGAUGUUAGUGAAACAUUGACAAAGUGUGAAGGCGUAAUCCAACUACAGAAGACUCUUCUAUCUAAAAUUCUAGGUGGUGCAGAGUUGAACUUUGUCAAUGCUCAUGAAGGAACCAGUCUUAUUAAGAAUCGGUUGAGGCAAAAGAAGAUUCUCUUAAUUCUUGAUGACGUGGAUAAUUUGGAGCGGUUAAAAGACUGGGUCGAUGUCGAUUGUUUCGGUGAGGGUAGCAGAGUGGUCAUAACCACAAAAGAUAAAAGUUUGCUAGAUUUUUAUGAAGGUCAGUGGAUAUAUAAAGUCCAAAAGUUGGGAUACGACAAAGCACUUGAGCUUUUUAGUUGGAAUGCCUUCAAAAGAAAUAGACCUCCAGAUGAUUAUUUGAGCCUCGCACGACGUGCAAUAGUCUAUGCUCAAGGCCUUCCGUUGGCUCUUAAUAUUAUAGGUUCUCAUCUGCGCAAUAAAAGUAUAGAUUGUUGGCAAGCUGUAUUGAACAGUUACGAUUCUUACAAUGGAAAACCUUAUACAGAUAUUCAAAUAAUACUUCGAAAAACUUAUGAUGCCUGGGAUUGUAACUUGCAACAAGUUUUUCUAGACAUUGCAUGUUUCUUUAAGGGUGAAAAUAAAGACUACGUGUUACAAAUGUUAAGAAGUUCGACGCUCAAUGUACCUGAAGAUAUUAUUGAUGUACUUGUUGAGAAAGCCAUCAUAGCUAUCGAGUAUAAUUAG